AUUUAUUCAGACGAAAAAAAGAAAAUCAAAUUAUUAUUUAAAAAGAGAAAAAUAAAAAAUUCUACUCUCUUUCUAUCUGAACCAGGCAGCCCCAAUUCGGCGUAUAGGUUUUCAUUUCAAUCAUCACUCAUUCUUCUUCUCUAUCCAGACUACACACCAAUAGGGUUUUAUGUUUUUUUUUUUAUUUUUUUGCUUUUUCUUCUUAAUAACUUCGAUUUUAAUUAAUUAAAUGUAUUAAUUCAUAUUAUUAAGAUUCAAUUUCAAUUUUAGGUCUCUCUUCUAUAUUUCUCUCUCUAUCUUUCUUCCCCAAAACCCUUUUUCUGAACUUCGAUUUGUCUAAUUCUGAUUACUCGAUCUCGCUAUGGAAUCACGAGAUUUGACAUCUUCUUCUCCUUCUUCAACCACCAACCGUGACUCUCCUUCUUCCGCCACCGAACCUGACGACGCCGUUUUCGCUCUUGCCAAAGACGCUACUGUGCAUUAUCAAUCUGGAAAUUUCGUUGAAUGUGUUCAUGUUAUGAAUCAGAUUUUGCAGAAGAAACCUAAAGAUCCAAAGGUCCUUCAUAAUAUAGCAAUUGCGGAAUUCUUUCGAGAUGGUUGUUCUGAUCCCAGGAAGUUGCUUGAAGUAAUUUAUAGCAUCAAGAGAAAAUAUGACGAGCUUCCCCUGACUUCUGGGGAUCAAGGAGAGCCGGUUAACAAUGUUGCAAAUAAAGUUGCCUUGGGAUCCAAAGGAAGCAAUAACUCAGCACCACAGUUUUCAGGUGUAAAUAGCACCGACCCAAUGCAUCCAGAUGAAUUUGUCGCAGCGCUAAAUAUUGCCAUCAUCUGGUUCCAUCUUCAUGACUAUGCCAAGACGGUAUCAGUUUUGGAACCCCUAUUUCAAAAGAUCGACCCCGCCAUAACUGAUCAACAUAAAGUGGAUCUACAUGUCUGUCUCCUGCUGCUUGAUGCUAGCCUUGCUUGCCAUGAUGCAUCAAAAUCAGCUGAUGUGUUAACUUAUCUGGAAAGAACAUUUGGUGUUGGUGGUGCAAGUCAAACCGACAUUGGGAAUGCAACACAGCAACUAUCUUCAAAUCUAUCUACAAAGUCUGCACCUGGCACCAUCAGUGAAUCUGCUGCUGACCCAUCCAGUUCCGAUUUAGGGUCAAGUGCCAAUGCAUCUGAAAAUAAUCUAUCAAGAACUUUGUCUGAAGAAGGGCUAGAUUAUGAUGCCAUGUUUUUGGAUCAACAUUUAACUAUGCCAACGGGCCCUUCUCCAAAUGCGCUUCCUGACAUGGAUUUUUCUGUUGAUUUAAAGCUCAAGUUGCAACUUUGCAAGGUGCAGUUUCUGAUUCUUACUAGGAACCUGAAGAUAGCGAAAAGAGAAGUCAAGCUGGCUGUGAACACAUGUAAAAAAGAUUCAUCCAUGGCUCUGCUUUUGAAAUCUCAGCUUGAAUAUUCUCGUGGUAACCACCGCAAGGCAAUUAAGCUAUUGAUGGCAUCAAGUACUAGGACAGACAGUACUAUGACAGACACAGAGUUUUCGAACAUUUUUAACAACAAUCUUGGGUGCAUUUAUUAUCAGCUUGGGAAAUAUCAGACAUCCUCAUUCUUCUUCUCAAAGGCAUUAACUAGUUGUUCGUCCCUGCGGAAGGAGUCACAAUUAAAGCUGGCCACUUUCUCACAGGAUAAAUCUCUCCUUAUAAUUUAUAAUUGUGGUGUGCAACACUUGGCUUGUGGAAAGCCAAUACUGGCAGCUCGGUGUUUUCAGAAGGCAAGUUUGGUCUUCUACAAGCAGCCUCUCUUGUGGCUCCGACUCUCAGAAUGCUGUCUGAUGGCUUUAGAAAAGGGCCUAAUCAAAUCAUGUCGAGUUCCUUCAGAGAAGUUGGAGGUUGGAAUUUGCGUUGUUGGGUUUGAAAAAUGGAGGCAACUUGUUGUGGAAGAUCAAAUUCUAGGUAAUGGACACAUACAAUCCUCCAACGGGAGUGAUUAUUGUCCAAGCGAAGAUGGGCGGCUGAAGUUAUCGAUGUCCCUUGCUCGGCAGUGCCUCUUGAAUGCUCUUCACUUGCUGGACUCCUACAGUACAAAUCGUUUGAAGUCUGGUUUGCCCUCUAAUUCUUCUGUGGAGAAUGAUACAAGUGAAGUGUUGCCGUCAAAGAUUUCAAGUCGUAAAAACACACACGGCAUUGAUUCGAAGGCAUUUUCAGUAGCAGUAGGUUUAGGUCAAGUAAAUUCAAAUGGGGACACAAAAGAACAGAAGGGAGGAGCUAGUCAGGAACUUUUUCAGAACUCUCUGUCAUAUUAUGAAGAUCUCUGUAGAAGAGAUAAUCAAUUGGUCAAGCAAGCUGUUCUUGCUAAUUUAGCGUAUGUGGAGCUGGAAUUGGACAAUCCUGUGAAGGCACUUGCAGCUGCAAAAUCUCUCUUUGAACUUCCAGAAUGUUCCAGAAUUUACAUCUUUCUGGGACAUGUUUAUGCUGCAGAGGCACUUUGCUUGCUGAACAGACCAAAAGAAGCUGCUGAGUACUUAUCUUAUUAUCUGUCCGGGGGAAACAGUGUUGAAUUGCCAUUCAGCCAAGAGGACUGUGAUAAAUUGCGAGUUGAGAGGACUGUUGAAUUUGAAGAGGUAAAUGGAGGAUCCACUGCUGCCAAGAAUUCUUCUCUUCAGGAUACUCAAAGUAUUGUUUUCCUUAAGCCAGAGGAAGCACAGGCAACAAUUUAUGCAAACUUUGCUGUAAUGUCUGCAAUGCAGGGUGAAUUUGAGAAAGCCAAUAUAUUGGUUACACAGGCAUUGUCCAUGUGGCCCAACAGUCCAGAAGCUACACUGACUGCAGUUUAUGUGGAUCUCUUGCUUGGUAAGCAACAGGAAGCUCUAGCCAAACUAAAAAGUUGCAGCCGUAUUAGGUUCCUGCCCAGUGGAAUAACUUCAAAUAAAUCUUCUUGAGUGUUGUAUGCAUGGUUUUAUCAUUGUGCCUGGCCCACCUCAGCUUUAGUUAGCAGGUAGCUUAAUCCUUCCAUAGCAUUUGUAACAUAUAUAAGUUCAAUUCAGGGAAUAAUUUUUUUUUUUUUUUUUGUGAUUCAUUGUCCUUAUAAUUCUCAAAUUUAGGGGUCAGUUACAGGUGGAGGCUGUGUUUUGGUUAGUGUUAGUGCCCACCUUUGAAAAAUUGAGGUGUAGAUCUGAUUCGGAUUGUGUUUUUAUUUUCUAGAGGCUAAUUUAGUUGAUAUUCAAGAAUAGAGGUCAUGUGCUUAUAUUGAAAAAACCAAAAAAGUGGAUAGUUGUUUUGGAAUUCCAUUUUUAAUCUGCGGGAGUUCUCUCUUUCUAA